UUUGAGGUUUGAAAUAAUAUAGAAUACAGAAAGUAAAGCCCUUAAGCGCCCUAAAAUAAAGAGCGAAAACGACUCAGAGUUUGGACGAUAUUUUUCGUCGAACGGCUUAUUACAAGACAUUCUAUAAACAUAUAACGGUUGUUAAGUAUGGAAAGAGAGACUAAUCAAACACAACAGCCCACUUUGUGCCGCAAUGGGUGUGGCUUUUAUGGUAACUCUGCAACUGAUGGGAUGUGCUCCAAAUGCUGGAAGGAUGUACUAAGGAGAAAGCAGUCAUCCCCUACGGCUAACACUGGUAUCCAAGCGAGUAUACAAGGUUCCUGCUCAAGUAUGAUGACAGAUGGAUCCUUAGCUACAGCUGCUGCACCUGUUCCCAUGGCUACAGCUGUAGCAACUGCUUCAAGCACUACCUCCUUAAGCAGUGAGGAAAGCAUAGAGGACCGACAACCCAGUUCUAUGGUUGAGGCAGGUUCAUCCGAUAUCGGCAAAGACAAGGGGAAAAUCAAAAGAAACCGAUGUUUCAUGUGUAGGAAAAAAGUGGGACUGACAGGAUUUGAAUGCAGGUGUGGCAACGUCUAUUGUGGUCUUCACAGAUAUUCUGACAAGCAUGAUUGUACAUUUGACUACAAAGCUGAGGGCAAAGCUAAGAUCCUCAAGGACAACCCUGUGGUGUUAGCAGAGAAGAUUCAGAAGCUCUAACACCCCGCCUCGCACUACUAGAUAAAUUAAAAUGCACUUGUAUAUUGUAUACCUGCUGUACUCAGCCACAGUGUGGCACAACUGGAUUGGGCUCCUCAUAGUAAACAGGUUUAUCCUGUUUGACUAAAUUCCUUUGGCAGUCUUCUUCGUAUUGGUGGGAUUCCAUGGUAUAGACAGUGUAAAACAGGUUCUACUUGAAUUACAGGUUCAGUCAGUUUAUGGGUACUAUUUUUUGUUACUCUUAGACAAGGGGUACUAUUUUUUGUUACUCUUAGACAAGGAUUAAACCAUAAAGGAAUGUAUUUAGAUAAAUUCCUGUGGGUUUGGCAAUAUUACUGUAGAUAUUUUCAAAGUGUGCUUAAGAAUGUUUUCAAAAGGGAAUAUUGUUACAAAGGAAUUGUAUGUUUUAGGCUUCUAGAUAUUUCUUAUUUCAUCGUUUUUAUAUUACCUUAAAUGUUACUUAUGAUAAAAACAUGCAAACCACUGUUUUGAAUUGUGACCACACUAAUUAUCAAGCUAUUGUGGGCUUAUUCCCACCAAUUGAUUAAUUGAUUUGUUUCCUUUUUAAAGUUUUUUUUUUUUUUUUUUUGCUUACUAAUUUUACAAAAUGAUAGUAAUGGGAAUGGGGAAUUAAAAUAUUAGGGGGAGGGGGAAAUAUCAAAAGUAUGGGACAUAUAGAAAAUAAUUUCUAGGGUUUAUACAAGCUUGUUUGGCGUAUGUAUGUGAGGUCAGUAUAUCUGCUCUUUGUAAUAUUUGAAAGAUGAAGGUAAUUCUAAGUGUUGUAUGCAGAAUUUCUGAUUGGAAUUGUUUGCAGAAUUUCUGAUAGGAAUUGUUUGCAGAAUUGCUGAUAGGAUGUGUUUUAAAUUGACUGUUGAAAAUGUUUCAAAUAUACAGAAACCAAUAUAUAUUCACUCAAUGAUGAAUUAUUGGUAUUAUUGCUUCAGCUGAUGCAGUUUAUUGUACUUGUAUUAAACAUGCCUUAGAAUGAGUGUACAUAACUUAAAGUAGGAUAAAGGCGAAUCUAUGUCAACAUAACUGUACAUUUCGUCUAGCCCUUUUGCUAUUCUUUCUCUCCAAGAUUCACAAAGUAACAAGAGGUUAUAGUAAUUUAUAUGAGCUUGCAGAAAGGAUAGUAUUUGGACAAGAAUGGUAAUUAAUUGCAAUUGUCUAUGACUGCUGUUUUUUUGUGUGCCAAGAUACUUGAAUAGAAAUUGUGUUUGAGCUGUACCUUUAAUCAGCUGUAAGUUAGCCAAAACAAUUGUUGACUGACUUUAGAUUUCAAUUUGCCUUUCUUUAUAAUUAAAAGCAAAAAGAUA